CUGCGUGGGCCUCACCGCCGCCGGCUACCAUCACUGUAUCAGGGGCCUCAGCCAUCCUUCUCUCGAUCGCCAGCGACAUUUUUCAAUAGUGGCCAUCCACAGACAGCGAAAGCCAGGUCCGCGACAAGGCUUGCCAACGUUCCUUGCCAAGGUAGAGGAUGGGUUCGGGUCUGGCUACAAAGACGGGUGUCCUGGGGGCUUCCCCGGCCUCCCUCUGGGUCUGGCCUUCGCUGUCGGAGCGAGAUGGCGGGCGCUCCCGCCUCGCGCCUCGCGGCGGCGGCGCUGGCUCUCUGCCUCGCGCUCGGGCUCCUCCGCGCCUUCGUGCCCGGGGCGGCGCGUGGCGCCGUGGCGCACCGGCCCGCAGCGGCGCAGGCGGGCGGUGUCCCGAUCGGGCUCGAGGAGCAGCCCCAGGAGUCGCCCCUGCUCGGCGCGGCCACCCGCCUCCUCGCCGGGGCCGCGGCUGCGGGCCUGCUGGCGGGCGCCUGGGCGGGCGCCGCGCGUGCGGAGAUCGAGGACGUGGCCAUCCCGGUGGACGGCAAGGGCAAGACCAGGAACCUCAGCAAGGAGGAACUCAUCCGCGGCAAGCGCCUGUUCAACGUCGCGUGCGGCACCUGCCACGUUGGCGGCGGUACCCGCACCAACCAGAGCGUGGGCCUCGGCAUCGAGGAGCUCUCCGGCGCGUUCCCGCCGCGCAACACCAUCGACUCGCUGGUCGACUACAUCAACGCCCCGACCACCUACGACGGCCUCAAGGACAUCUCCGAGGUGCACCCGUCCAUUAUCGCGGCGGACUUGUGGCCCAAGAUGCGUUCGAUGAAGCAGCAGGACUUGUACGACAUUUCGGCUUACAUCCUUUACCAGAAUUACGUCAUCCCCGAGAAGUGGGGCGGCGGCAAGCAGUACUACUGA